AGAGUGGAGUUUGUUCCGUGUUGCCAGCAUUUGCUUGAAAACAAACCUACUUGGCUUUUCAGAUUUUGCUAGUGCGGCACGAUGCCACCGUUUAACGGAUCGCAUUUGACCUUGAAAUUCUUUCCACAAAUGGUUGCAUUUUUGUGACCCCUUUGAAUCAUAGCGCAAUAUCCAUUUUGUCUUCCCCUAGUGGAGGAACGAUAGGCUUACAAUGACACAUAAAAAACAAGGAUGAGCGCCAUGUCUGAUCCCACAGUUGAGGAAUAGAGAGGGGCUUCUGGCGCUUGCGACUCGGGAUUCCUUUUUGGGGGUCGCUUUCCAGGAUGUCCGAGAGCACCGGCACGCAGCAGGGCUCUCCGGCAGUAGGAGCGGCGGGUUCGACUCCUGCGGCUCCCGGAGCUGGAGGAACGGAGUGCUCCGGUGCAACUGCUGGAUCUGAUAGUAUUGCCGUGAAAAAGGCGCAGCUCUGCUCCUCUCCGCGUCCGAAGAAACUAGAGAAACUCGGCGUGUACUCCUCCUGCAAGGCCGAGGGAGCAUGCAAAUGCAAUGGCUGGAAGAGCCAGAAUCCCCCACCGACACCUCCGAGCACAGACCAGCAGUCUGCAGCCGUGAACCUGACUGAGCCUUGCCGCAGCUGUACUCAUGCACUAGCUGACCAUGUGACUCACUUGGAGAACGUGUCAGAGGAGGAGAUGAACAGGCUGCUGGGGAUCGUCCUGGAUGUGGAGUACCUCUACACCUGUGUGCACAGGGAGGAAGAUCCGGACACUAAACAAGUGUACUUCUCUCUCUUCAAACUCCUGAGAAAGUGCAUUUUACAGAUGGGUAAGCCAGUGGUGAAAGGAGCCUUGGAGAGCCCGCCUUUCGAAAAGCCCAGCAUUGAACAGGGGGUAAAUAACUUUGUUCAGUACAAGUUCAGCCACCUCCCCAGCAAGGAGAGGCAGACCAUCGUAGAACUGGCAAAGAUGUUCCUCAACCAGAUCAACUACCUACCGCUAGAGUCGCCGUCUCAGAGGAGACAGCGGCCGCCAGGCGACGACGCCGCCGGGUACAAGGUCAACUACACCAGGUGGCUGUGCUACUGCAAAGUGCCGCAGUUCUGCGACAGCCUGCCGCGGUACGAGACGACGCAGGUGUUCGGCCGGACGCUGCUGCGCUCCGUGUUCACGGCGAUGCGAAAGCAGCUGCUGGAGCAGGCGCGGCAGGAGAAGGACAAGCUGCCCCCGGAGAAGCGCACACUCAUCCUCACGCAUUUCCCCAAGUUCCUGUCCAUGCUAGAAGAAGAGGUGUACAGCCACAACUCCCCCAUCUGGAGCGAGGAGUUUCUCGAGGGGACGUCAGGUAGUCAGGUGCCCGUUCACACAGUGAUCAGCGCACCUCCCAGACCACUUCCCUAUAGCACAAGCCCACUGACUGUGGAUCAUCUGAACUGCGGGAGUGUCAGUCCAGUCCGCAAACCCGUGCAAUUUCUUGAGCCCAGCCGAGCAGGAGAGAAACGGAAGCCGGCAGAUUCCCUCAUGCACGAGGAGGCCAAGAGGCCGAAAGUGAUGGGUGACAUUCCGCUUGACCUGAUUAAUGAGGUCAUGUCUACCAUCACAGACCCUUCCAUGCUUGGACCGGAGACCAGUUUGCUGUCGGCCCACUCGGCACGAGACGAGGCUGCCCGGCUUGAGGAGCGCCGCGGUGUGAUCGAGUUCCACGUCAUUGGGAACUCGCUCAACCAGAAGCCCAACAAGAAGGUCAUGAUGUGGCUGGUGGGCUUACAGAACGUCUUCUCCCACCAGCUGCCCCGCAUGCCCAAAGAGUACAUCACCAGGCUGGUGUUCGACCCGAAACACAAGACGCUAUCGCUCAUCAAAGAUGGCAGAGUGAUUGGGGGCAUCUGCUUCCGGAUGUUUCCGUCCCAGGGGUUUACUGAGAUUGUCUUCUGCGCGGUCACCUCCAACGAACAGGUCAAGGGUUACGGGACUCAUCUGAUGAACCACCUGAAGGAAUAUCACAUCAAACACGAGAUCCUCAGUUUCCUCACCUACGCAGACGAGUAUGCCAUCGGCUACUUCAAGAAGCAGGGCUUCUCUAAAGACAUCAAAGUGCCCAAAGCAAAGUUUGUGGGCUAUAUCAAGGACUACGAGGGAGCCACACUGAUGGGGUGUGAGCUGAACCCCAGCAUCCCUUACACGGAGUUCUCCGUCAUCAUCAAGAAGCAGAAGGAGAUCAUCAAGAAGCUGAUUGAGCGCAAGCAGGCACAGAUCCGAAAGGUGUACCCUGGGCUUUCCUGUUUUAAGGAAGGCGUCCGGCAGAUUCCGAUAGAGAGCAUUCCUGGAAUACGUGAAACCGGCUGGAAGCCCACAGAGAAAGGAAAGGAAGUGAAGGACCCAGAUCAACUAUAUGGCACUUUGAAGAACAUUCUGCAGCAUGUGAAGAACCACCAAAAUGCUUGGCCUUUCAUGGAACCGGUGAAGAAAACAGAGGCUCCAGGGUACUACCAGGUCAUCCGCUUCCCCAUGGACCUGAAGACCAUGAGUGAGCGCCUGAGGAGCAGAUACUACACAACCAAGAAGCUGUUCAUGGCAGACAUGCAGCGCAUCUUCACCAACUGCCGCGAGUACAACCCCCCGGAGAGCGAAUACUACAAGUGCGCCAACCUUCUGGAGAAGUUCUUCUACAACAAGAUUAAAGAGGCAGGCCUGAUUGAGAAGUAACGGACCAGGGAUCCCUGGUAAUCCCCAGUAACCAACCACCCCCCCCCCCAGUGUUUUCUUGUAGCAUCCUGGGAAUCAAGGUCGCUGAUCCACUGGGAAGGUAGGAGAUUUAAGGUGCAUAAUUUUCCCUCCGUUAACUCAGGAAAACAUGAUAAGCAGAAAAUUUUAAGACAAAAUUUAAAUCACUGAUGUGGAUGAGGACACUAGACCCAACUCUUCUGGAUCUAUAAAUAGCCUUGGUACAUUUAUCAAGAAAUAAGACUGUCCACAGUAAUCCAGACACGGGAGUUGAGGUUUCUAUAGUGUAAUGUGAGUGCAUGGCUUUAUGGGGAUUGUGUAUGGCGUUUCGCUGUCCCUCAGUGUGUACAGGUCAAAGGUCGCAGGUGUGCGUGUGCGAGUUUGUGUAUCUGAGGGUCCCACCUGCCAAAAAUGAAAAGAUGUAUUUUUCAUUACACCUGGUUGGAUUGUCAACUGUGUUCUGUUCAAACUCGAUUUUCGGUUCUGUUUUCAGUCAACAAGUGGAAAUUACUUUUUGAGACUCACAACCGUUUUUCACUAAAGGCAUCGCCAGUGUGUUGGGCAGAAAGCAUUUAUUUAUCGCGACAGCAAAUAUGCAACCGGCGUGAAAGAGCGUUUCUUAACCAUGCGCCAUGAGAAUGAAUAAUGAUGCACGCUUACUGCUAAUUUAUGUAGAGUAUGAUUACUGUCCAAUGUGAUGUAAUUUUCAAGGGUUAUCAGUGCAACGUUGAAGAAAAGGUCUUAAUUUAUUGUCUUAAGGUCUAUGCCGCAGAUAACUAUUGAUACCUUUGUUUAUGAAAGAUUGUGCAAUAACAAGUAGUUUCGUUGUUUUGUAUGUUUGUAUUUUUAAAUAUUUAGAAAGAUCUGGAUUUUUGUAACGUGAGAAAAAAAAUAUUUUAAGACCUUUCUACAUUUGCUUUUAAAAAGAUAUAGCAUAUUUUAUAGAAUGAUUAAAAUAGUGAAAUGCAUUGGAAAA